AUGGUUAACAACCAAUUUUCUCUUCCUAUGCUCAAUGGGGAUAAUUAUGUUGACUGGAAGGAAAAGACUGAACUUGCACUUAUGUGCAUGGACUAUGAUUUGACUUUGCGUGAGGAUAAACCUGCUCCUCUUAAAGACACUAGUAUUCCAGCUGAGAUAUCUCACUUUAAGGAUUGGGAGCGGUCUAACCGUAUUUCCUUAUCAAUCAUCAAUGCUCAUAUUCAUAAGAGCAUUAAGGGUUCCAUUCCUGACUGUGAUACAGUUAAGGAAUAUAUGAAGGAAAUUGAUGCCCAAUUUAUGAGUUCAGACAAAGCCAUAGCUAUGACCUUAAUAGGCCAGUUCAGCUCCAUUAAGCAUAGUGCAAGUAAGGGUGUGAGGGCACACAUCAUGCACAUCAGGGACAUAGCAGCCCAACUGAAAACACUGAAAUUGAAUAUUUCUGAACCUUUUUUGGUAUAUUACAUUCUGAACACUCUGCCUAAGGAGUUUGCUCCCUUUAAGAUCUCUUUUAAUACACAUAAGGAUGAAUGGUCAUUCAAUGAACUACAGACCAUGUGUGUUCAAGAAGAAGAGAGAUUGAAGAGAGAGUCAAAGGAGAGUGUGUACCAGACAACCACUCUUGAGAAAGGUCAAUCCAGCAAGUCUACUCUGAAAAAGAAGACAUGGAAGAAGCCUGUGAAGAAAGAGGGCAUUAAGAAAGCUUCCAAGUGUUUCUUUUGUAAGAAGAAAUGA